AUGGCACAUUCCUCCCCCCCACCCCAAGCCCCCAUGACGGGCUAUCUCUCGGGCUCUUUACAUCCCCAGGAGCCUUCUCCGCUCUCCACCUAUUCAAUCUUGGGUCCUGCCAAUUAUCCAAAAAGCGUUGCGCUUUGGCAUAAUCCUCCGGCGCAACAGCAGCAGCAGCAACCGGAACCGUCGCCGCCACAGAUCCCCGCGGCUUCCUAUACAGCACCCCCCACAACACCAUCCCUCCUCCAGCCAUUACCGGAUCAGAAAAAGCACAAACGGACUCGAAGUGGUUGUUUUACCUGUCGAUCCCGUCGCAUCAAAUGCGACGAAACCCGUCCGAUUUGCGAUCGAUGUCGAAAGGGGAGUCGUGACUGUGUUUAUCCAAGCUCCACGGGAACGGGCGCGCCAUCAAAGCCGGGAUUGCGGUCUGUCGUCAAGGGGAAGGUCCCUCGUCCACAAUCCUGUGGGAGUGAUUCUUCCGGGUAUGUUGAAACAGACGAAGUUCGUGCCCUAGACCCGAUUGUAGACGAAGGAGAAGAGGAAACCAGCCCCAAUUCCAGCACGCAUCAAUCGCCACCCUCUGCAUCGGCUAUUCCAGUUAGAUCAAAACCGGAGCUUCCGCAGCAGGAGGGUAGUGGUCAGCCUCUACGGCGACGCAAAGGGAAAUGGCAGAGCGGUGGUGGUGCUACAACAGAUCCCGCGGUCUCCUGCAAAGAGAGCAGUAGCUCACCGUCCACUGAGGGAUCCUCGAGGUUUGAAUCGUUGAGUACACGAUCGGCCAGUGUCGGAUUUAUACCCCUCGAUUCUGUUGGACCCCCGAAUACAGCCCAUUUAUCAGAAGAUCUUCGCUAUUAUCUCUCAUAUCACCAAGAUUUCAUCGAUUAUCGGCAUUACUUUCUAGGGCCUUCCAGCAGCAACUUUGUCCACGACACUAUCCUCGAAUUUGCAUUGCAGUAUGAGCCUCUACUCUACGCAAUUGUUGGCUUCGCUUCAUACCAUCAUUGCGUACAGACCGGGAAUGGAAAGCUCUAUUCAUUCCUCAGAUACUACAACAAAGCCUUGACACAGUUGCGGAAGUCUCUAGGCUCCGGGGAACCGUAUAGUGAAGCAACCCUAGUCACCGUGCUGGUACUCACUACGUUUGAGGAAUUCAUAGGUGACUGGGUCAAUUUGAUUGACCACCACCAGGCUGCCCAUGUUCUGAUACGCGAUCUUCUAUCACCUGAAUCGGCAAGUUCGGACGAGAUUCAUAGACACAUCUUCGUAUGGUAUGCACGAUUCGACGUAGUAGCCGGAAUUCUCGCCGCAAACGAGGUGGUUUUGGGACGAGAAUGGUACAUUAAAAGAGAAGAAUACGACGAACAGCAGGCAGCAAACGAUCCAGAUAAUAUCGAGAAACAACUAGCGCUGGCAUCUUCGAUUAACCGUCGUUUUGGCCUGGAAAUGGCAUCCUUGUACGCCAAAUUCUCGCGUGGCAUGAUCGCAAUCGAGGAUUUUAUAAUUCAGAACACCCAUCUUGAACAAACUCUAGAGCGUAUGCGGGGCAUCUUGGAGAAGUUCAACUUGGAAUACAAAGUUCAAACCUAUCCAAACCAGCAACCCUUGACAAAGGAUGAUAUUGUGGACCCGUAUAUCCCAGGUGGAUUACAUUAUGGCCCGCUUUGGGAGGUGAAUUUUGCUUGGAUUGACUACUACUCAACAAAAGCUAUGUUCAAGUAUCAGUCCAUGUUAUCUUUAAGGCAGUCGUCGUUGGAGGAAUUGCAGAGCCUCGCAUACGAGCAAUGUCGUUUAAUCGAGUCAGUCCACCGAUGGCCAGACAAGGAAAACGGCUACGUGUUUGGGUUCAAGAACAGUAUCGGAAUGGUAGCCAUGUUUCUCCCGAAGGAUUCAAAGCACCUUAUGUGGAGCAGGCGAAAAUUUGCUCUCAUGGAGCAGCACGGAUACUGUGUUGCUCCAAAAUUCCGAAUCUCUCUUGCGACGCUAUGGCAGAUGCCGGAACUCAACCACUGGUGGCUCCCAAACGAUGAAGGCUAUCCAGAUAUCAUUCGUGAGGUGCGUGCGAUGACCGAAGAGCGCACAAACAAUCCUAGGGAUGGUUUCCGAGAAAGUGUACGCGACAUGAAGACUCUCUUUUGGAACAUUAGUCUCGACGAUACCGAAAGCGAGAACAGCCCAUCCUCUGUGGGAACAGAUGUACCUUGGUCUGCACGUCCCCGUUAG